CUCUUGUUAAUAUACUGAGUCUCUUGAGUCCUAUUACUGAUGGAGAACAUAUUGAUUAAUGUUACCAUUUUACCGAGUGACGCACAGAAAUAAAGGGAAUUGCACUGAGUCAUUUUACAGAGUAGAAAAUAAUAGAGUAAACCACACGGGUACAUCUGCUGCAGCUUCGUAUUUUACCGCGAGAUGAGAAUAUCAACUGCACGUCGCCGCUCAAAGUCAAACUCCACAGCACCCUCACACAGCCAGAGAUCUUAAUGUCCUUUAUCUUUGAGGAGAUGGCAUGCCAAAGCAAUGGAGAUUCUAUACAGAGGAAUGAAGACAAAGAAAAUGAAAAUCAAGUCAAGAUGAAUGACCUUAAUUCAUCUUUGAAAGAAAUUGCCUUGAAAGAUAAUUACUGCAAAAGAACCAACUACAUUUCCUGGGAUGACUACUUUAUGUCUAUUGCCUUCCUGGCUGCAAUGAGGAGCAAGGACCCAUGCUCUCAAGUUGGAGCCUGCAUUGUCAACAAGGAGAAGAAGAUUGUGGGUAUUGGCUAUAAUGGAAUGCCAAGAAAUUGUAGUGAUAAUGAUCUUCCCUGGAACAAGCAGUCAGAAGACUGCCUACAGACAAAGUAUAUGUAUGUUUGUCAUGCAGAAAUGAAUGCAAUCCUGAAUAAAAAUUGUACAGAUUUGUGUGGAUGCACAAUAUAUGUUGCACUGUUUCCAUGCAAUGAGUGUGCUAAACUGAUCAUCCAAGCUGGCAUAAAAGAAGUUAUUUUCUAUUCUGAUAAACAUAGUCACAAACCUGAAACAAUAGCUAGCAAACGUUUAAUGGAUAUAGCACAAGUAAAUUACAGGCAACAUGUACCUAUGCGGAAGAAGUUUGUGUUAGACUUCUCAGUCACAGAUGGAUAUCAAGAAAAAGGAAAUGAAAAUGAAUUGCCUAUUAACAAGACUGUAAUGCCAGUGAUCAGGGACAUCAAUAAAAAACGAGAGGAAUAUUUGGCAUGGGGUGAGUACUUCAUGGCAGUGGCACUCUUGUCAGCGCUCAGAAGUAAGGACCCAUCGACACAGGUUGGAGCUUGCAUAGUAAAUGGUGAUAAUAAGAUUGUAAGCAUUGGUUACAAUGGAAUGCCUCGAGGCUGUGAUGAUGACCUGCUUCCUUGGGGCAAAGGAAGCUCAGAUCCACUUAAAAACAAAUAUAUGUAUGUUUGUCAUGCAGAGGUAAAUGCCAUCAUGAACAAAAGUUGUGCAGAUGUUUCCGGAUGCACUAUUUAUGUUGCACUUUUCCCGUGCAAUGAAUGUGCAAAGAUUGUCAUUCAGUCAGGCAUCAGAGAAGUUGUAUAUUUAUCAGACAAGUACAAGGACAAACCUGAAACAAUUGCCUCAAAAAAAAUGUUUGAUUUGAGUGCCAUAUCUUAUAGGCCUUACACUCAAUCUCGCAAGAAUAUCUGGAUAGACUUCGAUUCAAUUGAUUGGAAUAAUGCAACACAACUGCCUCCUACUCCAGUAAAGAAUGGAAGAAUGUGAAUGCAAGGUUCUGAUGGAAAAUUAUUUUAGUGCAGUCUGAACCAUGUGAUGGUACUUUAAAUCAGGGUGAUCUGGGUUCAUAGAGAAAUAAUACUAGUCAUUUUUGUGUCAAUUAAUGAGAUGCGAAAUUAUUUUGAUUGUAAUUUUUUAUAACUUAAUAAUAUUUUACAUGGCUAACCCUAGAGUCACACAUUUUCUUUUUAUAAUAUGACUCUAUAUAGUAAUGAAAGUGCCUGUUGGCCGUAUAAAAUCACCCAUAGUUAGACCACAUUGCUUUAAAUUAAUGUUCUUAUGCUUGAUUACCCUCAGUGUUUUUCAUGUUACAGCUGUUUCAUGAAUUCCUUGAUACUAUAUUUUUGAAGGUAGUUCUGUAAGUGCUUUCUUCAAAUUCUAUGUUGAGGGUGAUAAUAUGUAUCUGUAUGUGAAUUUUGUCAUUUUAUAGAUAGGAUACUUCAAACAAAUGCACUCAAGUGGCCUCCCACAAGCACAGAUAAACAUACACAAGCACAUAUAUACACACACACAAAUUAACAUAUAUAAACAUAGAUAAACAUGCACAAGCAUAGAUAAACAGACAAGCACACACAAGUACCAAUGCAUACACAAGUACCAAUGCAUACACAAGCACCAGUGCACACACAAGCACCAAUGUGCACAAGCAUAAAUGCACACAAGCAUAAAAACACAAAUGUGCGCAUAGGCACAAAUGUGCACACAAGAACAAAUGUGAGCACACAAGCACAACUGUGCACACAAGCACAAAUGCACACAAGCUCAAGAUUGUUUGCAUUUGCUUCAUUAUAUGCUUUGCUACAAUUUUCCUUACAUAUAUUGCAAGUCCCUAGUUUUUCCUUAUAGAUAAAACACAAGCUUUCAUUGUAGAUUAUUUUAAAAGUAUGUCUAUUUUAGUGACAACAGUUGUGUGACUGAUGAAUUUUAUUGUUGAAUUUAUAGUCCUGAUUACAAUACUCAAGGUGAAACUCUGCAUUAUGUUACAACCAGUAUAUUGUAUACAGAAAAUAAAGAAAAUUAGUAGCUUUUGAAUCAAUGAACAAAAGAUUCUUUUCCCUGGAACCUUUUUAACCCAUUCGCGCCGGGUAAAAAUGAACAAAAAAUGGGGGAAAAUGCUGUGCUCAUUUUUUAUACUUUUUGGGAAAUUUCUCGACACUAGAUGGCUCU